AGGGCUACACCCAUCGAACAUCGUAAGGGGGUAACCAAACAAACAGUGUGACACGAUCCAACUUUGGAGUUUCUUUAGUUGACUAUGGCGAUUCACUCUUUGAAACGUUACCUUUGUGCUGCCAUGGUGUUCAGCCUGCCGGGAAUGAUGUUUAUGUUUACAUUUACUUAUGACCAUUUAAAACAAAUGUCGAAGUUUCGUGUCAACCCAUUUGUCCGAACUAUUCAGCAGUUUGACGCACCGACAAGCAAGGGCAAUACCAGCACCAAUCGCACAGGUCAUUUUGUUUCAACACCAGGACCUGUGACUGAAACUCCUCGAGUAAUACUGACAACAGUCUGCCCGAAAUUAACAGAUAUUAAAAAUUUAGUUCACAAAAGGGAAAUAGAUUUGAAGUCUUCUAAACCACAACACGAGACAGAUCAACUUAUCUUUGGUGAUCAACUGGAUAAAAUUAGAAACACCAUCACAAGAGGAAACAAUGAAAUGCAGAAGCUCGUUGAGACUGCUAGAAAAAAGAAGAGCGCCCUCAGCCGCCCACUUAUGGAGAGUCUGUCUGCGCCUGAGGUGCGAUGUGGUAAUUACUUGUACUUGCCCGGUGGGCAUUGGAGACCAGCAACUUGCAAGCCAAUAUGGAAGGUUGCUAUACUGAUUCCGUAUCGAGACCGUCCUGUACACUUGUUACAGUUUGUGUAUUACAUGGUGCCUUUCUUAAUGAGACAACUCCAUGAGUUUGCUAUUUAUACCGUUAACCAGGCAGGUGUUGAGCCCUUCAAUCGUGGUAUGCUAUUCAACGUUGGUUUGUUAGAGUCACUCAACUUCACUCACUGGGACUGUGUCGUCAUGCAUGACGUCGAUCAUAUACCUCAGAGUGACUUCAAUCCCUAUGGGUGUGUAGAUAUGCCUCGACACUUCAUUGGACACUCCGAUAAAACUGGAAUGAAGACACCUUACCUUAGAUCAUUUGGAGGAGUGUCAGGUUUGACCAGAUUACAGUUCUUCAAGGUUAACGGCUACAGUAAUAAGUACUGGGGAUGGUGCUGUGAAGACGAUGAUCUCAGUGACCGGAUACAAAAGAAUAAACUCAAAGUAACACGAUACGGAAAAGAUGCCUUCUUCAGAGUUAUCGAGAGCAAUCAUGUAGGAAACGGGACACGAUCUAAAGAAAAUUGGAAAAACUACAUGACAAGAGCUAGGCGAAUCAAAACUGACGGUUUGAAUAGCAUCGUGUACGAUCCGCCACAUCUGGAAUUCUACUCUCUGUAUACAAACAUAUCUGUUAGGUUAGACCCCUUGCAUGUAACGUCACACUCUAAAACAGCGCCCUCACGUGAGUCGAAAGGCGCCCCCACUCGGGUCAAAGGAGGCAGAUGAUUGGACGAUAGCUGUUCUGCGUGCGCGUCUGUUUGGGGAACAGGUUGGGGAUACAAGAGGAUCACAAAACAAGUCUUUCUGGCGAUGGCACGGGAUUGGGACUUGAGUCAAGUCUACCAAAAAGCAUGAAUGGUAGACGCAUUGUUCGGAAGAACGUAAACACCAUCAUCAUUUUGUGUACGUUUUGACGCACAAAAGGGUGGACAUGAGACACGCGUAUGUGCGCGUUAUGCGUGUGGUCUAUUAGGGCAGAAGAUCAUGCUAGAAUUUAUUCAUGUAUACCUCUUACGAAAUUUUACAUGGGGGGAUUGAAAAGAUACCGGUCUCAUUGCCUCACUUAUAAAAUGGGUCAUAAAAGCGAUCCGGGUGUUUUUAGAAGUGUAAAUUAUUUUCCGAGUUCUGUCGGUAAACUAUUUCAGAAUGUUAUUAGAAAUCGUCUAGAUCAUAGAUUACAGACGUUAAAGGGAGUGAGGCAGUUUUGAGUGAUACUUGUGUGGAUCAUCAUAUUCUAUUUUUAAAACAUCUUUCUAACCCAUGCAUUUCAUAAC